ACAUCACCAUUCGUCCACCAAUCACUUGUUAGUUCUACCCCGGAAAAUUUCCCCCAGAAAUCAAGUGGAGGUGUGGAACGCAGCUCGUACCGGAAGUAAGUUCAGUGAGCAUUCUGGGAUUGCCUGUAGUUUGCCAGUGACUUCCUCUUCAGCAAGAUGGCGGGCGAUGAGUCGGGAGUGACUCUGGGGCAGCCUCACUUAUCCAGGCAGGAUCUGAGUUCUCUGGAUGUCACCAAGUUGACGCCCCUGUCACAAGAGAUCAUCAGCAGGCAAGCCACAAUUAAUAUAGGUACCAUUGGUCACGUAGCCCAUGGAAAAUCAACCGUAGUAAAAGCCAUUUCUGGUGUGCACACUGUCCGAUUUAAGAAUGAACUGGAGAGGAACAUUACUAUCAAGCUUGGAUAUGCCAAUGCUAAGAUCUACAAACUUGAUGACCCCAGCUGUUCUCGCCCUGAAUGCUAUCGUUCCUGCGGCAGCAGCACCCCUGAUGAAUUUCCUACAGAUAUACCCAACACCAAGGGUAACUUUAAAUUGGUCAGACAUGUGUCUUUUGUGGAUUGUCCAGGUCACGAUAUUUUGAUGGCAACUAUGCUGAACGGAGCAGCAGUCAUGGAUGCUGCCUUAUUGUUGAUUGCUGGUAAUGAAUCCUGUCCUCAGCCCCAGACCUCUGAACAUCUGGCUGCCAUUGAAAUCAUGAAGUUAAAGCACAUCCUUAUUUUGCAAAAUAAGAUUGAUUUGGUAAAAGAAAGUCAAGCCAAGGAACAGUAUGAGCAGAUCCUUGCAUUUGUACAAGGUACAGUAGCUGAGGGUGCUCCUAUCAUUCCAAUCUCUGCUCAGCUGAAGUAUAACAUUGAAGUGGUGUGUGAAUAUAUUGUAAAGAAAAUCCCAGUGCCUCUGAGAGACUUCACAUCUGAGCCAAGACUUAUUGUUAUCAGAUCUUUUGACGUCAACAAGCCAGGAUGUGAGGUUGAUGAUCUGAAAGGUGGUGUAGCUGGAGGCAGUAUUCUGAAAGGUGUAUUGAAGGUUGGUCAAGAAAUAGAGGUUCGCCCUGGCAUCGUUUCUAAAGACAGUGAAGGAAAGCUCAUGUGCAAGCCUAUAUUUUCUAAAAUUGUGUCUCUCUUUGCUGAGCACAAUGAUCUACAAUAUGCCGCUCCUGGUGGCCUAAUUGGUGUUGGCACCAAGAUUGACCCAACUUUGUGUCGUGCUGAUCGUAUGGUUGGGCAGGUGUUGGGUGCAGUUGGAGCAUUGCCUGAAAUAUUCACAGAAUUGGAAAUCUCUUACUUUCUCCUACGACGUCUUCUUGGAGUACGUACAGAGGGAGAUAAAAAGGCUGCAAAGGUUCAAAAACUGUCAAAGAAUGAAGUUCUGAUGGUCAACAUAGGUUCUUUGUCCACUGGAGGUCGUGUCAGUGCUGUAAAAGCGGAUUUAGGAAAAAUUGUGCUUACAAAUCCCGUGUGCACAGAAGUAGGAGAGAAAAUUGCUCUUAGCAGAAGAGUUGAGAAACAUUGGCGUUUGAUUGGCUGGGGUCAGAUAAGAAGAGGAGUGACAAUAAAGCCAACUGUAGAUGAUGACUAAGACACGAAUACCCCAAUGCAGAAUAAACUUUAAAAGACCAGCCGCUUUUGUUAUGUUUUUUUAAUCUUUUUAACUAAGUGGAUGUAUUGGUGUCAAGUGGAUGGAAAUGCUUCAGAACAUGAAUAUUACAAUAUACAAUGCAUUUGGUUAGUA